AUGAAUUCAUUUAACCAAAUGCAACAAUCUAUGCUCUCUCUUAUUGUAGCUCAAAGAAUCAGGUACAUGACAAAAAUCCAGGACAAAAAUCAAACAGAAGUGGUGAAAUUUAUCCUUUUAGGACUCUCAGACAAUCCAGAUCUACAAGGUGUUCUCUUUGCCUUGUUUUUGUCAAUCUAUAUAGCAACAAUGGUGGGUAAUUUGGGGAUGAUUGUACUGAUUAAGAUUGAUCACUGUCUCCACACCCCCAUGUACUUCUUUCUCAGCAGCCUGUCCUUUGUUGAUGCCUCUUACUCUUCUUCUGUCACUCCCAGGAUGCUGGUGAACCUCAUGACUGAAAAGAAGGCCACUUCACUUAAUGGGUGUGCAGCCCAGUUCUUCUUCUUUGGCUCCUUCCUGGGAAUGGAAUGCUUCCUGUUGGUCAUGAUGGCAUAUGAUUGAUAUGCAGCCAUUUGGAAUCCCCUACUAUACCCAGUUCUGAUGUCUGGGAGAAUCUGCUCCUUCUUAGUGGCUACUUCAUUCCUAGCAGGCUUUGGCAAUGCAGCCAUCCACACAGGGAUGACUUUUAAGUUAUCUUUUUGUGGUUCCAACAGGAUCAACCAUUUCUACUGUGACACCCCAACCUUGCUAAAACUCUCUUGCUCUGACACCCACAUCAAUGUCAUUGUGAUCAUGGCUUUUUCCAGUUUUAAUGUCAUUAGCUGUGUUAUGAUCAUUCUUAUUUCCUACCUAUGUAUCUUCAUUGCCAUAUUGAAGAUGCCUUCAGUAGAGGGAAGACAUAAAGCCUUUUCCACCUGUGCCUCUCACCUCAUGGCUGUCACCAUCUUCUUUGGGACAAUUCUUUUCAUGUACUUGCAACCUACAUCUAGCUACUCUAUGGAGCAGGACAAGAUUGUUUCUGUAUUUUAUACAGUAGUGAUCCCCAUGCUAAAUCCAAUCACCUACAGUUUGAAAAAUAAGGAUGUAAAAGAGGCCAUGAAGAUCUUACAGAAACACAUGCUGUAA